UACACUUCUACUUGCUCUUCCUCUCGAACGCUCCAUCCUUCCAUAGCUUCAUUUCAUUUCACCGCUUCGUCUUUCGCCCUCCAUUUUCUACGCCGCCGCUCUCCGGAGAUCAAGAAACCAUUAAAACAACAACAACAACAACAACAGCAACAAGACUCACAUUUGGUGAUCGAUAGAAAAUGGCGCUGGCCUUCGACGAGUACGGUCGGCCCUUCAUAAUAGUGAAGGAGCAGGAUCAGAAGACGAGGCUUCGGGGGCUCGACGCCCAGAAAUCCAACAUUGCCGCCGGCGUCGCCGUCUCCAGGAUCCUCCGUACUUCUCUCGGCCCCAAGGGCAUGGACAAGAUGCUCCAGAGCCCCGACGGCGAUGUCGUCAUCACAAACGAUGGGGCAACAAUUUUGGAACAGAUGGAUGUGGACAAUCAGAUUGCAAAGCUGAUGGUGGAGCUAUCUCGGAGUCAGGAUUAUGAAAUCGGGGAUGGCACAACUGGAGUUGUUGUUCUUGCUGGUUCGCUUUUGGAACAGGCGGAGAAGCUGUUGGAACGUGGCAUCCAUCCUAUUAGGAUUGCUGAAGGUUAUGAGCUGGCAUCUAGGAUAGCUGUUGAUCAUCUUGAGCACAUAUCACAAAAAUUUGAGUUCAAUGUCAAUAACAUAGAGCCCUUGGUGCAGACUUGCAUGACCACAUUAUCAUCGAAGAUUGUCAACCGUUGCAAGCGCAGUCUAGCUGAGAUUGCUGUUAAAGCAGUUCUAGCUGUUGCAGAUUUGGAGAGGAAGGAUGUCAAUUUGGAUUUGAUUAAAGUAGAAGGGAAGGUAGGCGGAAAAUUGGAAGAUACAGAGCUCAUCUACGGAAUUAUUGUUGACAAGGAUAUGAGCCAUCCACAGAUGCCAAAAUGGAUUGAAAAUGUAAAAAUUGCUAUCUUGACUUGCCCAUUCGAGCCACCUAAGCCCAAGACAAAGCACAAGGUUGAUAUUGACACUGUGGAGAAGUUCCAGACUUUGCGUCAACAGGAACAGAAAUAUUUUGAUGACAUGGUUCAGAAAUGCAAGGAUGUUGGUGCAACCCUAGUUAUUUGUCAAUGGGGUUUUGAUGAUGAAGCUAAUCAUUUAUUAAUGCAUCGUAAUUUACCUGCUGUUAGAUGGGUUGGUGGUGUUGAAUUGGAGUUGAUUGCUAUUGCGACAGGUGGACGUAUUGUUCCAAGAUUUCAAGAACUAACACCGGAAAAACUUGGAAAGGCUGGUCUGGUUAGAGAAAAAUCAUUUGGAACUACAAAAGAUAGAAUGCUAUACAUUGAGCAGUGUGCAAAUUCGAGGGCUGUAACGAUCUUUAUCCGUGGUGGUAACAAAAUGGUGAUUGAGGAAACUAAGAGAAGCGUCCAUGAUGCACUAUGUGUGGCGAGGAAUUUGAUUCGCAACAAUUCUAUUGUGUAUGGUGGGGGUUCAGCUGAAAUCUCUUCCUCUAUUGCCGUGGAAGCUGCUGCAGAUAAGUAUCCUGGGGUUGAGCAGUAUGCUAUCAGGUCCUUUGCUGAUGCUUUAGAUGCCAUUCCAAUGGCUUUGGCAGAAAACAGCGGCCUACAACCUAUUGAUACUUUGACUGCCGUCAAAGCUCAGCAAAUCAAGGACAAAAGUCCGCACUGUGGCAUAGAUUGCAAUGACGUUGGGACAAACGAUAUGAAAGAGCAGAACGUAUUUGAGACGCUGAUCGGAAAGCAGCAACAGAUAUUGCUAGCAACACAGGUCGUUAAAAUGAUCUUGAAGAUUGACGAUGUCAUAAGCCCAUCCGAGUACUGAUACAAAAUUCUCUUGAGGUUUUAUAGUGUUCUCUUAAACUUGUGUUUAAAUAGGUUUCACUGGCAGUGCAGUGCUUGCUAAUUUUACGACUUAGGAGUGUUGGUGUUUAGUUGUCGGUACCAUGCUGUGUGGCUCUUUAAUAUCAUGGGAACUGAAAAUUUUUCGUAUCUCCGUGAUGGGUUGUUGGAGUGAGCUGCUAUCCCUGGAUCAUAUUUAUACCUCAAGGAUAAUUUCUAUGAUUUCUUGGAUGUUUUACAAGCUUAUUGCUGCGUCAUUUUGAUUGUCUUGGUUGUAGUGUUUAACUCAGACUGAUUUUUGAUCGCCCAACGUGGAUUUUUCUAUCUUGUUUAA